CAGCAUCAGCCUCCUGCCUCAGAGCCGGAGGCUGUCAGAGAGGGGGCGCUUCACGCUACAGCUCUCUGACACGAACAACAACUAUGCGGCUUUAGUACCUCAGCAAGACCGAAUCAAAGUUUUUUUUUUUCUUUAGCUCCACGCGGAACCACCGAGUCAAUUCCCCUGUCGGUGUUUCGGACUUUAUCUUCGGAAAUGUUAUCUUAAACUGUUAGCUAGCUAACUGGUUAGCUUCCGGGCUAGCUUCAAAUUUCGGACCGUCUUGCUCAUUGGCACUCUCUCUAAACCCCCCAAAUUCACACGGUGUCGAUCCGACAAAUCGACCUCGUCUUUGGGACAUAUCCAGAUUUGACAUUAUAAGACAACAUGGAGUCAUUUUUCGGCAGCACUAGUCCCGUUAACACCAUGAUGAAGCGGAGGCCCGACGGGAUCCCCGGGCUUUCCUCGCUCUCUCUGCCCGAGCUGAACACAAAGAACACGCACUGCAAGAAUUUGUUCUCCCCCGCACCCGCCGGUGUGCUCUCUCCUGUCACCAAUCUGGCUAAGGACAUGAACAAUUUAGUUGGGCUCGGAAGCCAAUGUGAUACACCGAAAAGGAGAAAGCAUCCACCCCUGGAGAAGGUUCCCUCCUUUGCCUCUGACGCCUCAUCUGAUGCUGGCCUCGGCAUGGAUCUCCCCAGCCCCAUGGAUGGUGUCGAAGUCGAGGACACAUUUGAGAGAGCCAUUCAACAGUCAAGCAGAAUUGUUAACGAGAGGAUGCCAAUUCGAAGAAACAACUCACUACCACUCCAUCUCCUGAGUUUCAGUCCGUCUCUGAAGGGUCAGGAAAGCGAUUCAAACCGGUAUGGAGUAUUUGGCAUGCAGCCCUCCAACAUAUCGCCUUCCUCUGAGCACGACAACAAGGAGAACAUGCCAGAGGAGAACUUUGAGUUCAAGAAACCGACCAAACCCGUGCCGCGGUGUCAUGUGCGCUCCUUCAGCAGCGGACAGGCAAAGUGCGGCUUUUCCAAUCGUCCCAGCUCCGCCCCGGCCCUCAUGUUUUCUUCACCGCCACCGAUCCAGCAGCUCGACUUUCACGACUCCAGCCCCAUGUGUCUGCGACGCUCCUCGCUAAACGACGACGACGAUGACGGCUUUUUGGACGUUCUCGACGACAACAUGGAGGACGACUCCGGGAUGCCGAUGGGGAUGGCCAGCCUGCUCACCGCCCCGCUGGUGUCCGACAGUACAGCAGAAGACUCGCCUGUGAUCCGGUGCCGCCCGCGGAGCCUGUUCCGCUCGCCGUCCAUGCCCAGCACGAUGUCCCGUCACUCCGUGAAGCGUCCCGACUGCUCCCGGGAUGAAAACACCCCGGUCAGGGUGAAGAGGCGACGCAGCGUUGCAGGAACGCAGGUCACCACCCUGGAACAAAACUCCGAAUCACCACGAAUGGGCUGUUCACACCUGCAAAGGUCCAAGUCCUUCUGUGAGACGGUGAUUGAGAAGCUUCUGGACAGCGAGGACUCUUCUGAGCUAAUAGGAGAUUUCACCAAGCCUUUCAUUAUUCCCACAGUGGAGGGGAAACAUCAAGACCUCAAAUACAUUACCUCAGACAUGAUGGUGGCAGCUCUGACCGGCAAGUUUGAUCAUCUAGUCGAGCAGGUCAUUGUCAUUGACUGUCGCUACCCGUACGAGUUUGAAGGAGGACACAUCAAGGGAGCCCUGAACCUGCACCAGGAGGACCAGGUGGAAGACUUCCUCCUGAAGGCCCCCAUCAUCCCAUCCUGCCCCGACAAGCGCGUCGUCAUCAUCUUCCACUGCGAGUUCUCGUCGGAGCGCGGCCCUCGAAUGUGCCGCUUCGUCCGGGAGCGAGACCGCGCCGUCAACGACUACCCCAAACUCCACUACCCCGAGCUCUACAUCCUCAAGGGGGGCUACAAGGACUUCUUCCCCCAUUUCCAGGCUCAGUGUGAGCCCCAGUCGUACCGGCCGAUGCACCACGAGGACUUCAAGGAGGACCUGAGGAAGUUUCGCCUCAAAAGUCGCACCUGGGCGGGAGAGCGGAGCAAGAGGGAGAUGUACGGCCGGCUGAAGUUCUGAGCGCCUCCGACACGCACGCGCAAACGGACUCCGUGACCCACUAUCAAAGACAAACCUUUUGGGACGCGCGCAAACAACGAGAAAAAGGGGAUUUAUUUUUUGUUUUUGACGUCCCAGAAGUUCACUAUAGCAAAGUCAGUUAUUUAUGCAAAUUUAAAAAGAAGGGAGGAGGCGUGAAAUGAUGAUGAGCCCUCGGCUUGAAGACGUUGCCGAGGUGCAGUGAACAGAUUUUAUUGAGGUGAUCUGAAGCAAUUUGUGUGUUUUUUAAAAACCACUUGGACCUACUGCCCGUUUUUAUUUUUUUUAAAGAUGCAAUAACACAACCACACCACAACACAACACAGCGCCCAGUCUGACGUCUGCCUCUCGGUCUCCUCAGUGGAUGCUUCUGAUUUUUAUUUUGAAUUUGUCAUGUUCCCAUUUUAUUCAAGCACUUAAUUUAAAUACCUUGAAAUGGUGCUUUUUUUUUUUUUUUUUUUUUUUUUUUUUAACACGGCUUUUUAUGUUUUUUCUAAUAGUUUGUGUUGAGACAAUGAUUUAAACUAUGCUUCCUUUUAAUUGAAUAUUUUAAAUACAACGUUAAAAACUAUAAGAAUAAUGCAGAACCAACACUUGACCAUUUUUAUUUUCUCAGAAAAUACCAAAGCUAAAACACUGAACUACCUGUGAACUUUGCAGUGAGAUUUUUUUUCGGAUGCUGCAGGUCGGCGAUAGUGAAACGAUUUGUUUCGAUCGGAGAAACACGUCUUGGGUUUUUGCUUUGACUCCCUAACUUUUCAGAGAGAGUAAAUGUCUCGAGCCUCUGCGGAGCUGAUGGUGUCUGUUUGUAAUGAAUCGGGUGCUUCUAAUGUUUUGGUCCAGGCUCGUGGGGGAGCUGCUGAAAUAAAGAUCCAAUGUGCGUUCAAAAGCAAAA